AUGGCGGCCAGGCAGCUCCGGCCGUGGAGCCGAGCCGCGCUCGCCAGGCCGCCCCUCGCCGCCGCGUCACCUGACCGUGUAGGAGACGGAACCGGGUUCCGCCGGCAGCUCAGCCUGACCCUCGGAUCGACUUCCCAGGCAGGCCCAGAAGGCCGCGCGCCCGGCUCGCAGGACGGACCCGCGAGCGCGGCAGGGCACCAGACCCGCAAAGGGUUAACGGAGGCGGAGCGGCGCAUCGCGGAGCUGCACGAGGGCGCGUGCGCGGCUGGCCAGCUAAGCUACUUGGACCCAGCUACUGGUUAUGUGGUAUUCACAAGGCUGGCCCACUUGCAGAGAGGUGCCUGCUGUGGUUCUGCCUGCAGACAUUGUCCAUAUGGUCAAGUCAAUGUUAAAGACCCAUCCAAGAAGAAACAAUUCAACUCAUAUUUUUAUGUUUAACAAUAACCUCAUCUCUGCUCUCUAAUUGAACUUGUGUUUUCAGAAAUAAACCCUCAUCUAUAAUUA